GUGACGCCCCCGAACCCAGCUGCAGAAGCGGCCGCCACCUCCGAUGCACAAGGUGUCUCAUCUGAGAAGAAACCUGAGCCCCAGGGAGGAGGCGCGGAGCGACCGGGGCAGGGCUGGCGCGAACCAGGAGGCAGAGCGCUGGGCAGCGCUCAAGGACCAGCGGAGCUCGGCCGCGGAGGACCCUUGCGACCCGCUCCUGAGAUCCCGGCUCCACACUCUCCUCGAAUUUUACAGAUUUCCCCCGGCGACUUAUCUCCCCAAAACGGAGCCUUUAUCCCAAGAGAAGGUGAGGGAGCUGGGGCAACCAGGACUUUCCCGGGCACCCAAGAUGCGCUCCAUUAGGAAGAGGUGGACGAUCUGCACGAUAAGUCUGCUCCUGAUCUUUUAUAAGACAAAAGAAAUAGCAAGAACUGAGGAGCACCAGGAGACGCAACUCAUCGGAGAUGGUGAACUGUGUUUGAGUCGAUCACUUGUCAAUAGUUCUGAUAAAAUCAUUCGAAAGGCUGGCUCUUCAAUCUUCCAGCACUCUGUAGAAGGUUGGAAAAUCAAUUCCUCUUUGGUGCUGGAAAUAAGGAAGAACAUUCUUCGUUUCCUAGAUGCAGAACGAGAUGUCUCGGUGGUCAAGAGCAGUUUUAAGCCUGGUGAUGUCAUACACUAUGUACUCGACAGGCGUCGGACACUAAAUAUUUCUCAGGAUCUUCACAGCCUCCUACCUGAAGUGUCACCAAUGAAAAAUCGCAGAUUUAAGACCUGUGCAGUUGUUGGAAAUUCUGGCAUUCUGCUCGAUAGUGAAUGUGGAAAGGAGAUUGACAGUCACAACUUUGUAAUAAGGUGUAAUCUAGCCCCUGUGGUGGAGUUUGCUGCAGAUGUGGGAACUAAAUCAGAUUUUAUUACCAUGAAUCCAUCAGUAGUACAAAGAGCAUUUGGAGGCUUUCGGAAUGAGAGUGACAGAGAAAAAUUUGUGCAUAGACUUUCCAUGCUGAAUGACAGUGUCCUUUGGAUCCCUGCUUUCAUGGUCAAAGGAGGAGAGAAGCACGUAGAGUGGGUUAAUGCAUUAAUCCUUAAGAACAAACUGAAAGUGCGAACUGCCUAUCCAUCAUUGAGACUUAUUCAUGCUGUCAGAGGUUACUGGCUGACAAACAAAGUUCCCAUCAAAAGACCCAGCACAGGUCUCCUCAUGUAUACACUUGCCACAAGAUUCUGUGAUGAAAUUCACCUGUAUGGAUUCUGGCCAUUCCCUAAGGAUUUGAAUGGAAAAGCCGUCAAAUAUCAUUACUACGAUGACUUAAAAUAUAGGUACUUUUCCAAUGCAAGUCCUCACAGAAUGCCAUUAGAAUUCAAAACAUUGAAUGUGCUGCAUAAUAGAGGAGCCCUGAAACUAACAACAGGAAAGUGUGUAAAGCAAUAAAGCACAUUUGAAAACAUACAAACAAACUGAAUAUGCACUUCUUUUCUGAAGAUGCUUCCUAAGAUUUGAAAAUAGGAUCCAGAACAAGACUGAGUUUCAGUAUCCACCAAUUAUCUGAAAGGUGAUAAAGGACAUUUAUGAGAAAUCCGCUACCAGCUGAUGAAAUACCUGCAAAGUGCUCUAAAAAACAUAUUUCGACUUCAAGGGUCCUAGUAAGUGCCACUUCCACUAAGAACACAGUUUGAAUGUAUAAUCAGUAGUGUUUACAAGAUCCAACAAUGCACUUGUCAUUAGUUAAUGAGGCAAAUAUGUUCAUCACUGUUGGGCUGCCACGGCAAUGCCAAGCACAUUAGAAGAGUAACCCAGCCCUGGGGAUUAAACCAUCCUUGUCAGAAGAAAUCAAGAUGGAAAUAGUUGGAGCAGUGAAAUCCAUAAGAUUAAACAACUCAAGUAAAUGCCUUCAGUCAGGACUCUGAGUCUGAUCAUGAAUUUUAUGUUUUUGUUUUUGUUUUUGUUUUUGUCUUCUGGAAUCUCUUUUGGUUUGGGUAUUGGGUGCUUAGAAAUCCUUUCUGAGAUAAAGAUGAAUGAGAUAAAUAACCUUUAAGAAAUCAUUUUUAAAGUUCUUAUAUUUUUAAAGAGCAAUCACACAAUGACUUUGUAAAAACGUUUUAUUUUGCACAACUCUAAACCUCCAGAGUUUUUCCCAGUGGUGUAGAAGGUACCAGCUAAACUGUGCCACUCAGUAAUCUUGAGCCAUUCUAAAGGAAAGAUGUUCAAUGUCAUCUGAGAUGGUAAAAUUAGCAGGAAAAAAAAGUACUUUUGGUACCAAAGAUUAUACUGAUGUUUCUACACAACAAACCAUUCUCCUUUCAUGAAAAUAAUAUAUUAAUAUAUUAUGAUGCUACUAAUACAGAAGUUGUCUUUAAAUAUGUUGAAUUUUUCAAACUCAAACUUUAUUUUUAUUUGAAGAAGACUUCCAUAACUUUUACAUUUCAUAAUAAUUUUCUGGAAGCAUUUUGCCCUUUAGGAUAAAUGUCAGACUGAUAGGGCUGAAAUCUGACUUCCAGUUUUUUGAUAUUCCCCUUAUUACUCAAAUGGAAAGAUUGGCAUUCUCUUUACAUUACUGUUAAGUUUUCUUAGUGCAGAAAUAACGUGAUUAAUAGAAUGCUGUUUCCAAAACAGGGAUGAUUACUUUUAAGAGGUUCAAUAAUGAAACUGUGUCAGCAUUUUGCACUUCAAGUGAAUGAAGUUGACCAAUAUUUUCUCUGUGGUUAAAUUUAUUCACAGUACUACAUUAAUGUGUUUUCAAAGAAGCACAUGAAAUUAUUAAUAAAGUGAUUCAAAAAGUUUUAACAUGUGAUAGAAUUGACCAAUGGGCCAGUUUUCUGUUAACUUCUACUUCAGCGGCAGGUAAUUCUGACAGUGAAUUGUUUAGAAAGCAGAAGUCCUGUGUUCCCACUUCUACUCUUGGAUUGAAACCCUUAGAUGACCUCUUGUUUCUUAGGGAAGGCAGUGUAAGAAAAGAAGAAAUAGUGUGGGGAACAUAUAUGUUUUGUUUCUUAGGGAAGACAGUCUGAAAAAAGAAUAAAUAGCAUGGAGAUUUUAUAUAUAUAUAUAUAAAAUAUAUAUAUAUAUAUAUAUAUUUUAUAUAUAUAUAUAUAUAUAUAUAAAAUCAUAGAAAAGGAUGUCCACAGUAGUACAGUUCUUAAUAUAUUAAUAAUACAUGGUAUUAUUUUUAAAAAUAUAAGAGAACCUUGGGUUUCAAAAUCCUAUUUUUUAGAAUUCAUGUGUCUCUAAGAAAACAAAAUAGAAUGCAUAAAGGAGAUACAUAGCUAAAAAUGCUAUGAACAUGAUGCACUUUUAUCAUUAACCUCUUAUUACCUAAUGGAAAUCUUAAAAGAAUUAGGCACAUGUUUUGAAUGUAAAGUUGAAAAGUCUGAUUUAUGUAACAAAUCCAAAGUAGGUAACUUAUAGAACCUUAAUUUUUCUAUUUGUGGGUAAGUUGUUGGAGUAGUCUUUAAUUUGAAUUCGAUAGAAAAUUUGAAGUCACAAGUAAAUUCUGGUAGGUACUAUCCAUCUCAGAGCUCAUUAAAAGUAUGUCUUACAAAGCAGCAGCAAGGAACCUUGCCAUUUUUACUGCAUUAUCAACAAAUGUAUUUCAACAAUUUUAAGGCCACAGCAAAAGCAUCCAGCCACUCAUCGUUUUGUGCAUUAAUGUUUAUCUCAUAGAUGCAUUGAGUAGUGCCUUUUUAGCUUUGCAUUGCUUUGUUACCCUAUACUUUGUGUUCUCUAAAUAAAUUGCCCAGUUCUGAAAAUGUUCAGCAUAUAAAAAGGGCUUCAGUAUCGACUGAGACUACUUUUGUUCAUCUCAGGGAACUUUCAAUACUCAAGAAUGAAUUCAAUUAAAGGUAUUUAGUGUUCAAAGAAAACAAACUGUACAAGACCAUUUCAUUCCCUAUUGUAUACCUUUCCAUUCACCCCACCACCUCCACAAUCUACUGUGGCCUUCUUACAGGGAUAAGGCAAGGAGAUCACUAACAGCAAGAAGAAGAAGAAUUCCGUUUAACCAAUAAGGGCCAAAAGGGAUCAUGAUAAAAUAAAAUUAUACAUACGUACUUGAAACAUCUGAGUUUUUUUUUUUCUUUUGAGACUAUCUAUCAUAUGUUCACAGCUUUAAUUUUUUUCUUUUUCACAAUUUACCCCUGUACCUGGCAAUGGUCAGGCAGCUGAUUGUGAAAGAUUCUUGUCCUUUAGAGAACAUGGUUGUUACUGUGCUGUUGACAUGAAUAGGCCAUGGAAACAUUUUCACCAUUACCCAGCCUGUUCUAUAUUUAAUAUUAUGUUGGUCGAAUAAAAAAAAAAAAAAAAGAAUCAGUAACAGAUUUUCCGGGCAAAUCUAGUCAUUCUGCCCAUGGGACUGAUGAAAUUACUGUGGAAGUUUUUGAGUCUCAAAGAAGGUGCUGGGCAUUCAAAUGUCUUUCUGCAUUGUAUAUCAUAUGAAAUGUAUAUCAAUCGCUAAUGGGAAUUUCUACAUAUAUGCUUACAUAAGAAAUUUAUGUAAAUGCUAUGGGUAGUGUACAUACCAACUAGUUAUUAAACUUCUCCACAGGAAAAGGGUGAACAAAGUAAUUUAUUUCUAAUUGAGCCAGUUAGUCAUAAUGCACACAAUGUGGUAUUUGGUUCAUAAGAGUUGUUUUCACGUGCUUAUUGUUGGGGGUAUCUAUAAUUGUGGAAGAGGUGUAGGAAGAGUUACGUAUUGUUAGUUGUUACCUCUACAAGUUUGAAAGUUUCCUCAUUAGACCUUAUCAAGUUACCAAUGUUUUGAAAAUUGAGUGAGAGAGGGUUAUUGUGCAUAUCUGACAAAAGAAAAUCCAAAUAAAGCCCACCUAGAAAUAGAUAUUUUAUUAUAUAUGUGCUAUAGAUAUAUCUAUAUAGUACAAAUAGACAUGUGUGAUGCAUAUAUACAAUGUUAUAUAUGUGUGUCUGUGUUAUAUACACAGAGUCUGUAAUAUACACGCACUAGAUUUGUGUUAUGCUAACAUCUUCAGAGGCUGUGCUGUUAAGCACUCUGGAGAUAAGACCACUUUAGAAUAAAGAAGUUCUUUUGAGACUUCAGUUACUAACCUGAAGAGGGAUCUACUUUAUAACUGAAUUCUAUUGUUCAUACUUAGAGUGUUAGUAAGGGUCUAGUAUGGCCAAAUCUUAAAAAAAGAAAAAAAAAGAAAAAUUAAAAAUUAAAAAAAGUUUUGAAGCUGGCAAUGUAUUUGACUUAGACUUUUCAGAUUGUGGCUCCGGGCCCUGUGUCUCCAUUUAAGUAGCACCUUUUAAUAAAUACUGUUUCUUUGUGUAGGCAAAAAGCACAAGUGUUUCAAAUGUAUAUAGCAGGAGAAAAAAAAAAAGAGUUUACAGAGAUAGCACUGCUGCACAGGAUAAUUGCUACUGAGUAUUUCUUAAAUCAUUUGUGGAAUUGAAAGAUGAGAUUUAUUCUGUCAAGUUCAUUCUGUUCAACACUGUUUCCUAUUGUUUAUGUAUAGCAAUUGGGUGUAAUUGUUUUAUCAUUUGUAAAAUUGUAAAAUAAAUUAAAUCCCCCCCUUUUUUUUCCAA